AUGAGUCAGAAGGGAACAACGGUGACCGCAGCGAGUGGAGGCACCCGGACCAAUAAAUCCGGUGCCGCGACGGGACUGUCAACUUCACCACCGGCAGUCAGUCAGAAAGCAUCCGUUGACGGGCCGACAACGACAACGACGAUGCCCUCGGCGCCUCAGGCCACGAGCUUCAUCCCAGUGGAGGGCGGUCGUCCGAAAGCGUCCCUCUCGUCGGUGCGUUCGCUAAACUUUGACGACCCGGAACUGGCGGUAGCCACACUCCCCGGUGGUCGCAAAACGGGUGCUCCAAAGGCGGCAUCCGCGGUAUCCGCCGCGAAACCCCCUCCGUCGAAGCAUCACGCCGCGGAGGACACCGGGAAAAAACCGGGCGCCGGAUCUCCCCCGGGCACUGCUGUUCCGGCUCCUGCUAGUCCGGGCAAGUUGGCCCCCAACAAGAAGGGCAUCCUGACGCAUCAGCAGGCGUCGCUGAAGCACGACGAACGCGGAAUGUCGGCGAAACCGGCGCUCCUGAAGUCGUCUUCCGUCCCGGCGCCACAACCCACCACCACCACCAAUACGCAACCGGCCGCGGUAUCGCCGCAACCGGGCGUUAGUCUGACAGCACCUGUGAUAACGACGGCCGCGGCCGUCUCACCGACGGUCGUCGCACCGGCCCAGUUGGCCGCCGUCUCUAGCACCGUCGUGAUGCGAACGUCGUCCGGUUCGAGCCUCCACAAGUCGGCCUCGUACCGGAAGUCGUCCUAUAAACCGCAACACUCGCACUCCCUGCGCUACUCCGGCAGUGGCAGCGACAUCUCGAACCUGGUGCGCGUCCGCAACUCGACCCUCGGCAACUCGGCCCCAACCCUGUCGCUGAGCGCCAAGGAGAGCGGCGGGUUCGGUGGUCUCGGAGGACUCGGCGGUGGUAUGGGCGGCGGUGGAAGCUUCUUCGCUGGCCAGAAGCGACCGAUCUCUUCAUCGUCAUCGGCAUCGUCGGCUGCGGCAGCGGCCGCCCGAAGUGCGGCCGUCGCCCGGCAUCGGCUCAGCUUCGUGGCCAAUAUUUCGCCCCGCUCGCACUCGCCCAUUCCGGCCAGUCCGAUCGAUUCGCCGCGCAUCAACUCGCCCAGUAUUAUGCAGUUCCCGUUUCAGCUGCCCGUCAAGCGGAUCGCUUCGUCGGCGAUCGCGUCGGCCGCGUCUAAGAGCUGCGACAGUCGCCGCUGGUCCGUGGCGUCGCUGCCCUCGUCCGGGUACGUCACGACGCCGGGCAGCUCGAACAUUUCGUCCCAGUGCUCGAGCCAGGAGCGGCUGCACCAGUUCCCGGCCGUUCCGACGACCGACGAUCUGCAGCUCCUGUCGCUGCACUUCUCCUCGAACGACAGCAACCCGAGCUUGGGCGCUUGUGAACUGCCGGGCGGCCGAUCGGGUGGCCACCAUCCGUUCGGGCAUCAUCCGGCGCACGGUCACGCUCACCAUCCGCACCAUCCGCACCAUCACCACCACCAUCACCUGGUGCACCAUCCGCUGGUAUCGUCGUCCUCGGGGCACACGAUGCAGCACCACCAGCACCACCACUCGCUACCGGUGGCCGGUUCCCAUCAGCAGCAGCACUAUCAGCCGCACCCGCUGACGGUGAGUUCCGGUGGCCCGUUGUCGAUCUCUCCACAAGCGCCCUCCACGGGCGGCAUGCUGGCGUACCAGCAAACACCCCAGCAGCCACUCAGUUUACCCCACCAAUCGACGCAGCACUGUCCGCUGAUGAAACCCACGGCCGGUGGCACCGUCACCGGAUCAUCCGGCUCUCCCGGCCACCAGCAUACCGGUGGCGGGGGGCGCGAUGAGCUAAACAACUUUUGUGGCUGCCGAUCGCCGAUCCAUCGGCCACGAUCGCGCAGCCUCAGCAGCCCGUCCCACUCACCGAUCACCGACAACGAGAUCUCGAUCAUGAACACGUUCUACAAGGAGCGCUUCCCGAAGGCGACGCAACAGAUGGAGGAACGGCUGAGCCACUUCAUUAACGAGAACAAAACGAUCCUCAACGAUAAUGCCCGCAACGCGCAGCCGAUCGUGCGGUUCGUGCACCACCAGGUGCUGGAAAUGGCCCGCGACUGUCUGCACAAGUCGCACGCCAAACUGAUCACGUCGCGCUACUUCUACGAGAUGAGCGACAACCUGGAGCGGUUGCUGGUCGAGACGCGCGAGAAGUCACCGGAAGCGGCCCCGGAAAUUACGGGCGUGAUCAAGAAGCUGCUGCUGAUCAUUUCGCGGCCCGCCCGGCUACUCGAGUGUCUCGAGUUUGAUCCGGAAGAGUUCUACCGGCUGCUGGAGGUGGCCGAGGGCCAGGCGAAGGUGACGCAGGGCAUCAAGGCGGACAUCCCGCAGUACAUCAUCCAGAAGCUGGGGCUCAUGAACCGCGAUCCGAUCACGGAGCUGCAGGAGGAGCUCAACAUUGAGUCGAUCUCGCUCAACUCGAGCGUCAACAUGAGUGCCGAUCUCGAGGAGGAAGCGGAUGAUGAGGUGCGUGGCGCUGGUUCUCUGACACGCCGUUCCCGACCGUCGGAGGAAGACGAGAGCGAGAACAACAAUUCGUCGUCGAUCUUGCUCGAUCGUUCGGUCGGUGCCGUUGGCGAGAUGACGUGCUCGACACCGAAGGGUUCCGGAUCUUCCAGUUCGGCCGGAAACAGUGCGGCCAGCAGUACGAGCAACGUGCUGAACAACAACACCGGCCACUCGCCGGCCUCGACGGUGGUGGUGACCGCGACGACGGCGACGGCGACGUCGGCCGCCACCCAGUCGGUCACCGGAACUGUGAAACCGUUCAAGGCCCGCUCGUCGGCCGCCGGUAGUGCCGUGCCGAACGAGAAGGACUUUGACAUCCUGAAGCUGAUCUCGAACGGAGCGUACGGGGCGGUGUACUUGGUGAAGCACAAGCAAACGCGCCAGCGGUUCGCGAUGAAGAAGAUCAACAAGAACAGCCUGAUGCUGCGGAACCAGGUCGAGCAGGUGUUUGCCGAGCGGGACAUUCUCAGCUUCGCCGACAACCCGUUCGUGGUCAGCAUGUACUGUUCGUUCGAGACCAAGAAGCACCUCUGUCUGGUGAUGGAGUACGUCGAGGGGGGUGACUGUGCGACGCUUCUGAAGAACAUUGGCCCACUGCCGUCCGAUAUGGCGCGGUUCUACUUUGCCGAAACGGUGCUGGCGGUCGAGUAUCUGCACAGCUACGGGAUCGUGCACCGGGAUCUGAAGCCGGACAAUCUGCUCAUUACGGCGCUCGGGCACAUUAAACUGACGGACUUUGGCCUCUCGAAGAUGGGCCUGAUGUCGCUGGCGACGAACCUGUACGAGGGUUACCUGGACAGCGAAACGCGUCAGUUUUCGGACAAGCAAGUGUUCGGAACGCCGGAGUACAUCGCGCCGGAGGUGAUCCUCCGGCAGGGCUACGGUAAGCCGGUCGACUGGUGGUCGAUGGGCAUCAUUCUGUACGAGUUUCUGAUCGGUUGCGUGCCGUUCUUUGGCGAAACACCCGAGGAACUGUUUGCGCACACGGUCAACGACGACAUCGAGUGGCCGGACGGGGACGAUUGGCCGCUGCAGGAGGAAGCGAAGGACCUGAUCGCGGUGCUGUUGCAGCAGAACCCUCGCGAUCGGCUCGGAACGGGCGGAGCGCACGAGGUGAAGGACCAUUGCUACUUUUACGGGCUCGACUGGAACAAUCUGCUGCGCCAGAAGGCGGAAUUCGUGCCGCAGCUGGACGACGAGGAGGACACGAGCUACUUCGAUACGCGCGUCGAUCGGUACAACCACGAGAUCUGUGGGGACGAUACGGACGAGAUGGAGGAUUCACCGCUGUUCGGUUCGUUCAGUUCCUACUCGCCGCAGUACCGCAAGCAGCACAGUCUCUCGCAGGCGUCCAUCAACAGCAGCGGAAGCUUCGGCGGCCUAACGGGUGGCCGAACGGAGUCGGCGGCGGUGGUGGCAGUGAUCGAUAAGACGAACCUCAUCCCAGGUCCCGCGGCGAUCACGGAUUCCCUGGCAACGCCACUCCCCGGUACGCUGGUCUGUCCUGCCACCGAAGGUCCGGUGGCCACCAUCACAACCAGUACGAUGACACCGCUGGUGGUGACCGCGAGAACCGUUCCGGAUGCGAUCGUCACCCUUCCGACGCCUCCCGUCACGACGCCCAUCCCGAAACCGCAGCUUCCGAGUCUGUUCGAAGACGGUUUCGCCGACACAUCACCAUCGGUGGCCAAUCCACGGCCGAACGACAUCAGCAAACUGAUCAUCACGCCGGAACUGCGCAAGUUUAACAUUAACCCGUCGCGCUACAAGAUGCCGUCGACGCCCGACCUGGACUAUCUGCCCGAGCUGGCCACGCCCGAUCGGGAGGACUUCCUUGCGCACCACGGCAUCAACCUCCGGCCGGUGGCGGCGGCGGCGACGGGUGGUGGCGGGGGUAUGCGAAUGUCGACCGUCGCACCGAGCACACCGGAAACGCCGGACACGAACAAACGGUUCAGCGACUUCUACCCGCUGUCCUCGCUGAAACAACUCAGCACGCCGGAAUCGUCCCAAACGGACAGUGACGACGUGUCGCCCCAGAUUCAGCGCAAGCGCAAGAUCGUCCACAACCGCAUCCUGCCCAAGUUCUCGAUCUCGAUCGAGGACGAUCAGAGUGGCCACGAGACGUCCUCUUCGACACCACCGUCGCGCCUACCGGCGGCCACAACCUCGUCUCCGUCGAACUCGAUCCACAAUCUGAGUGGCGGCGGAGGUGCCAAUCACCAUUCGCGACACCAUCACAUCGUAAAGAGUGCUUCGGCGCUCGGCCUCUCGCUGAUGACCUCGUCGGAUGAUUCAUCUUCCGCCGUCACGACGGCCGUCGGGCGACGGGGUGGCGGAGGACCGACGGUUGCGAUCGGUCGCAAUGUUACCCCCGGUGGUGGCUCGAAUCUAUCGUCCUCUUCCGGUUGCAGCACAGGGGGCGGUGGUGGUGGCGCAGGGGUCGCGUCCUCCUCGACGAUCCACUCGGCAGGCAACUGCUCCAGUACGGCCAGUUCGCGCGAUACGUCACCGUGCCGGGAGCUGAGUCCGCUCGUGACGAACCUAAAGCCACCGCUCAUCAUCCGCCGAGGACCGCGUGGAUUCGGGUUCACCGUGCACACGAUCCGGGUGUACUACGGCGAUACGGAUUUCUACACCAUGCACCACCUGGUGAUGGCGGUGGACGAGGGUAGCCCCGCCUUCGAAGCCGGUCUGCGGCCGGCCGAUCUCAUCACGCACGUCAACGGCGAAGCGGUACAGGGCCUCUACCACACGCAGGUCCUUCAGCUGCUACUCAGUGGCUCGGAGCUGGUCAGCCUGCGGGCGACACCGCUCGAGCACACCAGCAUCCAGACCGGUGGCCGCAAGCGCGAACCGUGGCAGAGCAAGUUUGCCAAAAAGUCAACCCACAGCCGGCGCAAGCAGAAGAAGGAGAGCGAAAAGAAGCGCAAGGCUUCCCUGUUCCGGCGCAUCAGCAGCAAGCGGGCCAGUGCCGAGAUGCAGCAGAUGGUGGCCGGCAUCCAGUCACCGACGGCGGCCGUCCCACCGUCGAGAAGCUUCCAGUCGCUGGCCCGCUUCCAGGGUUCGCAGCCGAACCUGCUGCAACCGGGUGGUGGUGGGCAACCGAACGUCGUGAUGCCGAUGCCGAUCGUACCCGGAACGCUGCCGUCGCCGGUGCUUCCGGGUCCACCCGGGCUGGCCGGACCCGGAUCCGGCCAUCGCCUGAGCUUGUCACCGCUCAACUCCGCCGGUAGCUUCUACAAUCCGGCCUCACCGCCGAGUACGUCGGCACCGAGCACACCGACCACGGGCGGUGGUAUUGUGUCCGGACCGCUGCAAACGUACGGCAGUGAGGGUGCGGCCGCACCACCGCUCUACCAGCGGCCCUCGACGCUGCACGUUCUGAAGCACAAGCUACACUCGUCGUCGUCGCCGUGCGCCAGCGGAAAGUCGCUUCACUCGAGCGCCGGCGGUGGACGGCCCUCGAACCGUCGGAAAUCGGCCGACCACAUGCCCCUGUCACCGUUGGCCCGCACACCGAGCCCUUCACCGCUGCCGGCCUCUCCAACGCGCUCCUCCAGUCCCCUGGCGUUCCCCGUGGUCCAUCCGCUCGGCGCAUCGAACACGACCCAAUCCUACAGUCCCGGUGGCCCACCGAACGCAACGGCAGCCCUCAACAUGGCCAGUGGAUUCCCGGGGGCGGCGACGGGCACCGUUGCGGGCGGCGGCCCCGGUGGUCCCCCGCUCGGUGGCUCACCGACUCCACCGACGGCGAAGAAGGGAUUCCCGCGGGCGAAAACGGCCGAACCGAGCUCACCGCUGCUCCGGCGGGCCCUUUCGCCCGAUCGGCUCCACCCGCGGAGUGCGGCCGAAAGUAAGGCGUGUGUCCUGUCGCCGCUCUGUUGCAACACGAGCCUGAAAACGACUCCCCGUCCGGUGGCCGGCAUAUGGCGAUCGAGCCAGAACUCAACCAUCACCACGGGUCUCGUGGCCGCCGUCGCCCCCAGCACGGACGGGCCAACGAUCGGCACGGCAAAGGCUACAGCAGCAGGAACCGCGAUCAACCCGGAGAAGCUGCUCCCGUUGGUGGAAAGGAUGGCGCUCAAGGAACCGGAGCAACCGGCACCACCGCUAGCUUCGAACUCGACUCCUCCGGCGCCUGCGCCAGGAAGUGCUGGUGGUAAUGGGAAAUCUAAAUCGAAAGACUAA